CAGUUCUUAAACAUCAAGCUCAAUUCAAUCUUUCACGAAAUAUUACCUCACAAGAAACACCAAUUCUCCAAUUCAUCAAUGAAAUGUUAAUUACUGUUUCACCGCCAAAACCUCCAAUGUCUGAUC